UCCGGAAAAGUUAGCUAAUGCUUGCUAGCCUUGGUCAGCUAAUGUCAACGAGCCGACUAGCAUUUGCUAACUAAUGUGAACUAAUGUGAUUGAGGGUUUAGCUUGCUAGCUAGCUAUCAGUUCGAGCUACACGCCGUUUCUUGGGAUAAUUUAGGACACGUUAGAGCUGCUGAGCAGCCGGCUGAGUUGACCGCCAUCGGACGAGAAACCAACCAUGAUGUUAGCUAGUGGGCUAGCUGACGUUGCGUGACAGUUGUCGCUGGUGGUGGUUUGACAUAUCGGGGAUUGACCUUGUGCGCCGGUUUCACCACCCAUUUUUCUCUUUCAAAUGCAUCUAAAUCGUUUCGUUAAAGCCCGUCGGGCAUGUUGUUAAAUUGCUGUAACUACGUGGCGAAUCGUCCUCAGCAGCAGUCAAGGCUUUAUCUUUUUCCUAUCAGCAUGCUUGUGUCCAGUUUAGGAAACCGAGCCGGCUCCACUGGAAUGUUCUGAGCUGCCAUUUCCUGUCGGCCAUGUUAGAAUAUCACUGCGAGCUAAUGCUAUAGUUACCUGGCUGCUUAGGAAAUGCUGUACAACCUCGGUACUUUGCCGUUGUGGCAUUUCAGUGUCGUGUUUUGCCUACAUGGGUUGCAGCUGUUGGGUGGCUGUUGCGGAUCCAACUACCGGUACCAGGGCGUGUUAAUUGCAACUGAGCCGCUGGUUAGUUGACAUUAGCUAACGCUAGCUGUCUCUGACAGGCCUGUUGCAUGUUGUCCAGUGAAGCCACGCAGCCACUCGAUUGUGACCACUUGAUGUUGAUUUCUGCAGCAGAACAGGCAAUAAAAAAGUAAACAUCAGUGACGAGGAGGGGGAGAAGAAUCUACAUCUGUCUGAUACUGUGGGAAUGUCGCAUCCCCCCAACAGCAAUGGUAACAGACACAUAAGUAAUACAAAUGUGAAGCAGAAGUCAACGCAAAAGCUGUACACGACUGUUCCAAAAGUGAGCAGCAAAGGAUUGGACCAUAAGAAGAAUAUGGACCUUAAAAAUGACAAGGAAAAGGCCCUGGAUUUGACUCAUCAUGAGGGCCAGCCUUUGGAUAAGAAGGACUUGGUGCUGGUUCAAAAUGGCGUUGUAAACUGUGGCUUAAUUACAAAUGGCUAUUCUAGCAAGGACAAUGAUGGCAGCGGCUCCGAAGGUGGAUAUACUACUCCGAAGAAACGCAAGACCAGAUGUAACAACGCCAAGAACACUGAUAAUGUGAUAAGAGAAAAGGAAAAAGACAUGCAGCAGGGCAGCAGUACACAGGAGCCGGGGGCUUUUAAUCUCGAGACAAAUGAGAAAGGAAUGACCUCCAGACUCGAUGGCUUUAGAGCCUCUCAUAAAGUAGAAGCUCAGUCAGCAGCUAGAAGGGCUGUUGUGUCAGAGGCUUCAGUGGGUGAAUCUCAGAGGAAAAACUCUGACGGCAAAACUGUUGGCACCUUUGGUAAAAAAUCUGAGGAAAGGCACAAAGGCAAGCUUUCCUCACCUUCAAAAGAGGACUCGUGGACUUUGUUUAAGCCCCCUCCAGUAUUUCCUGUGGACAAUAGCAGUGCUAAAAUUGUUCCCAAGAUCAGUUAUGCAAGUAAAGUAAAAGAGAACCUCAACAAAGUAGCUCAAGGUGGAGGAGAGGCACUGCCUCCUCCUGUUAGACUGUCACAGGUCCCUAUGUCUGCUAUGAAAACUAUCACCUCAGCUAGCUUUACUAAUGGUCCUGUUUCUGGAAAUGGAAACGGCUGCCCAUCAGUGGGUACCUUCUUUGCUCCUGCUGCUAGUAGUAUUCCACCAGCCCCAUCUAUCCCAAGUGGCGAGAAUGUAGCAUCUCCUUUGGAAAGUAACUGUAGCUCUACAACCAGUCCUGUAGAUGGCGAAGCAUAUGAGCUUAGAAAGUGUACUCUUUUAAUUUACCCUUUAAAUAUGCAACCUGUGCUCCCUAGCGCUCGUCACCUUGACCCACCGGCUGCUCAGACAAAUCAGAAAGCCCUGGGAGACAUCUUCCAGAAUCAGUGGGGGCUUUCCUUCAUCAAUGAGCCCAACCUGGGGCCAGAAGGAGGAAAUGGGCAGGUGCCUGCAGAGGACAAGACUACUGUGGUCACAUCUCAAAGCGAGUGUGAGGCUGUGGCUGCCAAGGCUACUCAGCCCUGCUUUGAUGUUAGCCCAUCAUUUUUAGAGCCUGGCACUUUGGCUCAAGACCCUGAGAAAAGGACUUGUAGCCCUUGCAAUGUGUCUGUUUGUUCCCCUGCUUGUGUGAUGGUUGAGGAGGAGAACAAGCUGCAGCCAUGUGGCCAGGACAAGACAAAAGUAGAGGCCAAGGGUGCAGGUUCUGCAGCGUCGGCCUCUAGUAAAGACAACGGUGCUAAGCCUGCACAGGGCCAGCUAACCACUUUGUUGUUUGGCUCAUCUAAAGAACAGGCUCACUCUAAAGACACUGGCAGGAGGUGUAGCUGGGGGUCCUUUGACGUUAAAGCUGCUGUCACUUAUCACACUAAAGAAAUGGAAUUCAUUUUCAACUUGCGAAAACAAGAUCCAAAAAGAGUAGUGAUUUAUGAUGAGACCAAGGACGGACCUGAUCAGUGAGGUAGAUCGUCUACAGUACUUACCUUCUUCUCUUCUGGGUGCUGCAGUUAUCUACCUUGGAAAUCACAAAUCCUGUUGGAUAGAUAAAAGUGACAACUGUGAAAACAUUGAUAGUUUAGCAUGUCAGAUUUUCCUUGGAAUCUCGGGUGGAGUAACAGACUUCUUUUGGGGCAUCAGACAAACAAACGUACACAAACACACACACACACACACGAACGCAUGUUCUGGAUGGACGUUAAAGGAGUUGAUCGGUGCCUCUCCAACAUGAUGAAUGGACUCUUGCAACUUUGAGCUGUGAUAGUCGUUUGUCUCGUGGCUCUUUCAGGAUGAUGUUCGGGAGUUCAACAAAGGAAGGUGUCUUGGACUGCACCUCCCUAAGCCUUUAUCCUGUUGAACUGCGGCAGCCGUCAGUGUGACUAUGGGAAGCCUCAGUCAUUUUCUUUCUUCACGCGUUCAAAUGAGUUCAUUGUAGAUAUGUUAGACGUUAUACAUACACACCCGUGUGCAAGCUUGAAUUCAUUGUGAAUGAAAGGAGAAGACACUUUGCAAAGAAUGCCUUCAAGUUGUGGAAGAAACGUCUUUGGAGUCCUGUUAAACUAUAAGUUAAGAGGAAGCUCAUAGGUGAGGCCCCAUCCAGGAAGGGAGAACCUUGUCUUAAAUCCUUUAGGGAAAAUCAGAGCCCAGAAAUGUAAUGUUCGCUUUUUCUUUUGUGCUGUUUCAUGUGACCUAACAUCAUGAGUAUUAUCUGCAUUGUAGUCUGAACCCCAGAGCACAGGUACAGAAGUGCCCAGUCUGAAGGAAAGCCACGCCCCUUCAUUUCAUUGUUUGUUAGUCGUGUCAAUGAUUUUAAAAUCACGUCUCCGUUAAAUUUCAAACCUUUUUAUCUUGAAACGUCUCAUACAUUUCAUGACUGUUCCUCAAUUCAGGUUCAUACACCUUCUAAUAUAUGAAUUCUGAGCUUCAGAAUAAGCUCAGACAGAACAAGAGACAUUUCUUCCAUUGAGGUCUUCUGUGUCUUGUGCUCUUUGUUCAGCAGCAAGACUCAGGAUGUCCACAUAUUAUUUUGCCUACAUUUCUGUUCAAUUCCUCUUGUCAGCAGAACAUGUGUUGCAUUUUACAACUCUGAUAUAAUUUUUUUUGCAUUUGGUCUUUACUUUUCUGCCUCACGGCACUGUAUUUCUUGCAUGUUUACUAGUGGAAUUGAAUGAAUCAGAGGUUCAUCGCCACGCAAAGAUAACAGUAACACAACCAUUGCAAUACUAAUCUAGGCUCCCCAACUAGCCACUUUGUCAAACUGUGUCGAAAUGUGAAGAUGAGUUAGAGUUUUAUGUUUUACUGUGGAUAACAUUUUAUGUUUGCAAACCAGUGUGCAAUAACACCGUGUGAUCCAUGCGUGUGAAAUGGGUUAUGUGGAGCUACAAAAUCAUCACCCACGAUGCUGGUGUGGCCUGCAGUUCAGUUUAGUUUGUUCGGGAUGUUUAAGGUGCGUGUUCAGUUUGUUGCACAAAUUCUAAAUUGAUUUUAGUUUUUCUUUUUAGCGAGGGGAAAAAAAAAGACGCUCACGGUGACAGAUUUCCUGAAGUCGAGGGAGCCCAAAUUUGCUAACUGCUAACUGGCCAGCUGUGGCAUCACUUUUAUCACCAUCUCCAAAUCAGGAUUGGUUUAAUCAACAUAACAAAGGAACUGUUCAGGUUUCUUUCCUCUAGAAGCUAUGAUUUGGUUAAUGUGUGGAUUAAUAGCACUUUAUGUAAACUAAUUAUUGCUUUUAUCGUAUAAUUACUAGAAAAAUCUAUAUGUACUGACAAGAAAUACUCCUUGAAAGAAUGGCUCUGGGCUGUUACUUUUCAGAAAAAAAGUUGCUAAAUACAGAAUUAUUAAAUGUAACUCAGGUAGUGUUGAUAAAGCCAUGACUGUGUUGAAUAUUGUUUUUGCCAAACGGCCCCUGUCAUGUAACGUUCUCCCAUUGGAAAUGUUGGAUUGGAGUCCUACAAUAUAGAGUCUCAUAUGAUGUGACAACACACCAAAUAAUUACUUUUGAGGCAAACUGUCAUGGCGUGUGAGGUGCUGUCAUUGAUCAUUUUGAGCUCUGAAAUAAGUGUUUAUCCCCCCCCCCCUUUUUUUUUUUUUUUUUACAAAAAAAGCACAUUGCUCCAUGCGCUGUUUUCUUUGUAUACUAGACCGUAAUCUUCCUGCAAUCUUUUUGACGGUUCAUUUUCUCCUUCACGUGUUCAUAGUGAAGCACCUCUUGAUUUGUUAACACUGAACAUCAGCGGCGUGUUCUUCAGGGGUCGCUGUAAUCUGGAUGUGAGCUUUCAAGUACACUUCUUUCCACUGUGUCCUGAUUAGGCAGCGCCGCAGAGGGAAAGCCCGCAACUGCAGCCGUGUUUUUGUACAAGUCGUCUUGACAUUUAACUUCCGCGUCCAAAUCGCAGUCAGCUCUCUGGUAUUGAAAGUGCUUUUGUUUUGGCUUCCGUCGUGCGCCGUGUGAUGGAUGAGGCGAAUCAUCAGACGCUGGCCUCGUUCUGUCGGAUCUGGUCAGCGAGGAAUGCAUUGAGGAGAUAUUAUCCAUUAGAAUUUUUAUGUUGUGGAAUUUAAUCUAGCUUAAAGUUACACGAAAAAGUAAUUUUCUCUGAUUUCCCCCCGUAAUCCGCAAAGAAAGCGACAUAAUCAGGUGACCAUAUGCCAAAUUGUUGAAAGUGUUAUCAGUGGACAACGAUGCAUCUGUAGGCUUCUAAUUGUAAAACAGGGUGAUCAAAAUGAGUAGUAUGUGAUGUUACAGUAGUCUUACAAUGAAUCCUUUUUUUCUCUUUGUGUUUUUUUUUUCUUUGAGAGGACUGUUGUGGUACAGGGAAAUCAGAGAAUCACCUACCCUCCCACCCCAAGACUCCUCUUUUUCAAGCACUUAAUACAGCACCAAGGCUAUGCUGAAUAUGCAUUUUUUUUGUUUUUCGGAGAUAGAACUAUUAUUUAGCAUUGUAGCCUGCAAACCAAAAAACAGGUUCUUGAAGCUGAGUAGAUGGUUAAUCAAGUGAUUAGGGGGUGGGGGCGACUGACUGUUGUUGGUGUUGUUGAGAAAGAAAGGAGAGAUAAAAACAAAAAGCCUGAUCACGUGGAGUUUCUAUUUCCACCCCCUCAGGAUGUGCAAUCACCUCAAGGAUGCUGAUGCAGGCUUCCAGGUUGCGAGUGGCAAGUUUGUUUGUUUGUUGGGUGUGUGCAUAGCAAGUUCUUCCUAUUAUAUGCAAGUUCCUCGUAUAUUUCAAAAAAAAAAAAAAAAAAAGGCUGAGAAAAGUCCUCCCUCUCCCUCCCCCUCUGUUGUUUCAUGUUCAGGUGCCUGUGUGGGGAAAAGAAAAAAAAAAAACCUUUUACAGCAAUUUUGAUUGUUUAAAAUCUGCUUCCAGCAUAUUUCCGUGCCAUUUUUUUUUUUGGUUUCUUCUUCUUCUUUUUUGUAACAUUUGCGAUGCUGUUUAAGUUUGCGUACAGCUAAUCCUAAUUUCUUCCUUUUAAGCAACGUGGACGCAGCUGAAAGCAAUUUUAUGUGUUUUGCGUAUUUUUUUUUUCUUUUGAAUUUUUAAUGGCUUGGAAAUUGUGACCUAAAAGCCAAAAUCGGUUUGAAUGGGGAUGGAUAACUGCUUGCUGGUGUAUACUCAUGCCAGUCCAUUGUCAAGAUAACGUCUGAAGUAGCACAUAAUUAAUUUGAAAUUGAUUUAACAAAUUAAUCUUUUAACAUAUGUUUUUAAAGUAAUUUGUUUUUGAGUUAUAACCUAAUUUAUCCGUAGAUGCACACGUUAGGAUGAGACUAAAAGGAUAAAGAAAAUCAAGACGUCUCAUUUUUGAUGAGCUUUAGAUGUUUUAGUUUUUGAUUAAGGCUGAUGUAGACCUACCCCCCCCCCCCCAAUAGCACCAAUGUUAAUAUAUUUGAAUUUACUCUGUUGUUUUUUUUUCCAGCAGAUUUUAUACAACUUACUUUAAUACAUUUCUGCAGAUAGUUGUGAUGGAGUGAUGAGCAUUGAAACACACUGCAUCCGGAGUUCCUCGUAAUAUAUAUUUUAUUUUGUUGUCGUGUUGUUGAUCAUGUUGUGAGGAGGAGUGAGGUGUUAACGUGCAGUUCAACAACUCUGAAUCUGCUUUCGCCAAAGGUACACUACUCAGAUAUUCAGCUACUGAACGGCACAGACAGGGAGGGCGAUGAAGAAGAUGAGGAGUCACUACUGUAGCAGCUGAAUGUCACUUUGAGCGCGUCGUAAUAGAGCGAGGAGAAAUCGUAACAAGAUAAAAAAACAAAUACCGAAAGUGCUGCUUCUUCAUCCAGUAAUCAGUCAUCUUGCAAUGGGAAAUGCUGGACUUGGUGUUUGUGCUCGACUUAAAAACUGUCCCUCCUUUAAACUGUCGUUGCCUCUCGUGGAAAUGUUUUAAUUUAGGGGGUGCUUUUUUUUUUUUUUUCCCAAAUUUUUGUUGUUAUUUAGUGACACCUGAGAGGUACAGUGUUUCUGCUUCCACACGAGGAGGAAAGUCAACAAGGCGACGUGUCUUUACAGGAUUCAGUCAUGAUAAGAGAUGAUAUGUUGUGCCGAGUCAUCUUUUUGUUUUGUCUCUGCGUCAUCUCAGAUGGCUGUUGUGCUUGUUGAUGCAUUACUAUUAUUCUAUUUUUUUUUUUCUGGUCUGCUCCUCUUAUCACUUCUCCAUCGCCUGCCCCCCUAAAACAUGAGGCAAUAGCAUUUCUUUCUCAAAUGUCUUACAGGUUGGCAUUUUAAGUUUUUAAGUGAGCAGUCUGAUUAUUUAAUUUUUUUUCUGAAUUUAACAAAGUGUCACAUUACAAUGUUUGUUCUUUUUUUUUAAAAGCAUGAUAAAUAACCCUCAAAUUCCAAACAAUGUAAUAGUCAAUAAAAAAUGAAAACUCCAGUGUUCACAAUUUUAGUUUCCAUUAAAAUGUCAAAUUUUCAUGAAGAA